UCCUUCUCACUCUUCUUUCAAAUUCACCCUUAUUAAUUAAUUAAUUAUUAAUAAUAACUAUAAAUCCCUUUCAAUAUUCCCUCCUCUAUCUUCUUCUCAUUUCUGUACUCGCAGAGAGAGGGAGAUCGAGUAUUUGCUCAUCCAGGCACGCGCGGAAGCGAAGAUAAGCGAAGGCAAGCGAUAACUUGGGAGGGAAAAGCAGGGUUUGAAUCGGGUUUCGGCGAGAGAUUGAAACAUCAAGGUGAUAUGGAGAGAUUGGCGUCGGCGAAGGCCACGACGCCGUGUGGGUAUGUGAGCUGGGAGGAGGUGUUUGUCUCAGGCGGCGAAAGCAAGGGAAGGAAGGAGGUGCGGUAUUUUCUCAAAAGAAGAAAUGGGAGCUCAGAUCUGGCCGUGGUUGGGAGAGAAAAGAGCACGAGGCACAUGUCUUAUAACUAUGCUGUUAGAGAUGAGGUCCUUGCUUUCAUUGGGUCAUCGACAUCUUCGUUAUCGCUAUUGAAGCUCAAAUCACGCAGAGACGUUAUUGAUUGGUUGAAUUCCAUUGUUUCAGAUUCACAGCGCGAGGAUGCGUCUGUCAGGGAACAAAAUGGUGGCAGUAGACAUGUCAUGGAAACCUUGAAGGAUAAUCAAUUGCGCAAGUUGGGCCAUUGUGCAAAAGAGUUCUCAUGGUUAGGGUCUUCGUGGACCUGUAGGAAGCGAAGACAGCACUACAAAUCAUUUAUAUGGAAUGGUUUAAAGAUAUCUGUUUAUGAUUUCGUAUAUGUUUUAGCAGAAGAAGAUAAACGUCUCGUUGCCUACUUGGAAGACAUGUAUGAGGACUCCAGAGGCAAUAAGAUGGUUAUGGUACGCUGGUUUCACAAAAUUGAUGAGGUUGGUAAUUUUUUGCCUCACAGUUUUAGUGACAGAGAGAUUUUCUUUUCUCUUUGUCUUCAAGAUCUGAGCAUCGAAUGCAUAGAUGGAUUGGCUACUGUACUCAGUCCCCAGCAUUAUGAAAAGUUUCAGAACGAAGCAAGACAUACCAUGUUGGAACCGUUUGUCUGCGACAAUCAAUUUGACAAUGAUGAUGUUAAGCACUUUGAUAUAACUCAAGUUAAAGGUUACUGGAGACAGGAAAUACUCAGAUACAUGUAUACCCUUUCUGACGCAAAAUCUAAUGGAAGUUCUCAGCAGUCUGAUGAUAAAGUGGAAGUAGAGGACCUCCAGUUUGCAUCUGGGAUGAGACCUAACAAGAGGUUGCGAUGGGCAAAAGUUGAUGGUGAAGGUGCUGCUAUUGAAAUGGGAACUCUGAAUGAUAGUCGAAAUGAAACUAAAAGAAAAAAUGGAAACGAUUCCUUAAAACAAGUUCGCUUUACAGCUGGCAAAGAGACAAAAAAGAACACUUUACAGUAUUUAGCUGUAGGUUCUCAGGUUGAGGUCCUCUCUCAAGACAGCGGUAUUAGGGGCUGCUGGUUUAGAGCUUCUGUCAUAAAGAAACACCAAGAUAAAGUGAAGGUGCAAUAUCAAGACAUUCAGGAUGCAGUUGAUGAAGCUAGGAAGCUUGAGGAAUGGGUUUCAGCUUCCAGAAUUGCAGCACAAGACCACUUGGAUCUCCAUUUGAAUGGGCGUGCUAAGAUGCGCCCGGCCCCUCAGUCUAGUCAGUGUAAGGUUUCUGGGAUGGUUAAUGUUGGUUCGGUUGUGGAUGUCUGGUGGCAUGAUGGUUGGUGGGAAGGUAUCGUUGUUCAGAAAGAGUCGGAAGCUAGGUGUCAUGUUUAUUUCCCAGGAGAGAAGUUAGUGUCAAUAUUUGGAUCUGGUGACUUGAGACCGGCCCAGGAUUGGACAGGGAGUGGGUGGUUGCAAGUGCGGGAAAGGCCUGACCUAGUUAGUUCUAUAUUAUCCAGCUUAAAAACAUCACAAGAUCCCAGCAAAUCAAAUGCAGUUGCAUCUGCCGGAGAUGCCAGGCAUUCAAAGCAAAGUGGGAAUGAUACUAACUUGAAUUCUGAAAGUGACAGUAAAUCAAGAAAGCCUGAGCUGGUUCCAGACCUUUCAAAGGACGAUAUACUUUCUCAGUUAAGAUGGAAGUCAUCUAGGAAGAGGGGACGCAGUAGCAGCACCAGAUCAGGUCGAAACAGCUGCAGAAAGUCACCGGAUUCCUCAGACCCCCAAUCUUCUGACAGUUAUAUGAUCGCGGCAUCCUUGAAAGUGGUCGAUCAUGACGACUUCAAAUACGGCAGGGGUGAUCAAGCUAUUUUCAGCUCUUCAGUGGUGCCCUCUUUAACUAACUUGGUCAUGUGUAGGUGACUUUUGUGAACUUUUAUAUAUACACAUUUAUAUACUAGGUUUGCUAGUCUCCUUGGUCUCCCCACUCUGUUUUCUCAAAAAGUACAUACAUAGCAUAUACUCUCCCCUGCAUCUUUUCGAUGCAUGCCUGCUCUUGCGUGUUAGGUCAAGUUUUGUUAUUUAUUUUGGGCAAUCUUUUGGCAUCGAAGCUUCAGUUGAUUUUGGUGCUUGUAUGGAAUGUGGAAGCCCGAGGGAGGCAAGGAUGAUGCCUUAAAGUUUUGGCUGGAAGUUUUUAGGCGUAGUGCAAUAACCGUGGUUGUCUCAGAGUGACUUAGGUUUUGUUUUGAUAUGCUGAAGUGGAAUUUGUUACCUAACCAUAUAUUUAAUAAUAAGAAUAGAGAGAUCGCCCCUUUUAUUUA